AUGGACGUGGACCUCAAGAGAACAGCCUACCCUUACAAGGCGUCACCGGAGCCUGUACUUGUUCCAGGAACGCAGCAAAACCCGGUUUUGGUGAUCAAUGCCAAUGGGGAGGCACAGUCCAAGCUGGGACCUGUGGCCCAGAUCCUGUGCUGUCCCCAUUGCCGAUCCACGAUGGAGUCCCGUCUGGAGCCCCGAGUGACGAAGCACACCCAUGCCUUUGCCUUUGCUCUCUGUCUGACGGGCCUUCUCUGCCUGGUGCCGCUGCCCUACUGUCUGAAGAGCUGCCAGAGCGUGGACCACUACUGCAGCCACUGCAAUCGGUUCCUUGGAAAAGCUUCCAGUUAA